CGCUAUAAAGGCCGCGCCGGGGCCACGAGGCGCUGAGCCGGCGCCGCCACCGCCCUCGUCGCCGCCGUGUUGCCGCCCCCAGUCUCGAACCCGGCCAGCCAUGAAGUCCCCGGACGAGGUGCUGCGCGAGGGCGAGCUGGAGAAGCGCAGCGACAGCCUCUUCCAGCUCUGGAAGAAGAAGCGCGGCGUGCUCACCUCCGACCGCCUGAGCCUGUUCCCCGCCAGCCCCCGCGCGCGCCCCAAGGAGCUGCGCUUCCACUCGCUGCUGAAGGUGGACUGCGUGGAGCGCACGGGCAAGUACGUGUACUUCACGAUCGUCACCACGGACCGCAAGGAGAUCGACUUCCGCUGCGCGGGCGAGAGCUGCUGGAACGCGGCCAUCGCGCUGGCGCUCAUCGAUUUCCAGAACCGCCGCGCCCUGCAGGGCUUUCGCAGCCGCCAGGAGCGCCCCGCGCCCGCCGCACCCGCCGCACCCGCCGAGGCCGCGGAGCCCUCGGACCCCUCCCCGCAGCCCCAGCCCCGCACGCCAUGAGCCCGCCGCGGGCCGCACAGUGGACGAGCCGGACCGGGGUCCCGACGCAGCCCGCGCCCACCAACCCCGCAGCAGCAGAACGCCUUGCCGGUCGCGCGGAUCCUCGCCCCGCAGCACGGGCGCCUUAAGUUAUUGGACUAUCUAAUAUCUAUGUAUUUAUUUCGCUGAUUCUUUGUAACCACAUAUUUUAUAGUCUUGAUAUCUUGUUUUUGCAUUGAUACGCCCACCGCAAAUAAAUUUGGCCAGUUCACUUUUCUACCA